AUGGAAUACGAACGGUGUAUGAGGGUUAGAGCGGAAGACCUGGACUUAGAGCCAGGAGUGUACAUACAUGAAGGGAGCGAGAUGCUGGCACAAUUGCGGGACCAGUUGGUCAUGCUGCCAGAAUUGAGCGAAUUAUACCCAGAAUGUGACAUCGAUCAGGCUGAUGUGGGAGUCCCAGGUGAGACCUCUCCCGAAGAUGAAUCCAGGAUGCGUGCCAUCCUGAAGCGCCAUAGAAAGAUUUUCCUGGGCGACGGAAAUGCCGCACCUGCCCCUGCCAGAGGAGUGGUAUGUGACCUCGAUGUAGGAGACGCCAAACCUAUCGCGUUGCGCCGUGGCGGUCAAGGUAUACGAACACCCGAACCCCUCAAGAAAUUACUCGAGAACAAUCUGAUUGAACAUUCCGAAUCGCAGUGGGCAUCUCCGAUCGUGAUCGUGCUCAAGAAAAAUGGAGUGGACAUCAGGAUCUAUCCGCUACCUCUCAUCGACGACUUGCUAGUUGGUUUCGAGAAAGCACUCUGGUUCAUGAGCCUGGAUAUGGCCAGCGGUUUCUGGGCAAUCAAGAUGACCGAAAGAGCCAAAUUGAUUUCAGCUUUCGUAUGUCCGUUUGGGCAUUUUCAGUGGAUUCGAAUGCCAUUUGGUCUGAAAAACACCUCUCUGAUUUACCAGCAAGUGAUCAAUAAUUGCCUGUGGGGAUUCGUGCGUCUGCCCCUAGAAGAGGAGGCGAAAGUAGACCAAGAAGUUUUGGAUUACCUGGAUCUGGACCCCCAGGAUGAUGGACCUCCAGGGUGUGGAACUCCAGGGUGCACCGGUUGUGAAGACGGCCAUACUUCUCGGUCGUUGUCGACCCUGGCGGACCCAAUGACCGUGUUCAAAAGGAACAUCCCUGCUCCAACCCAGAUGUCACCUGUCUUAGGGCGCAGCUCUUAUAUCGAUGAUAUAGCGCAUGGCUCACCAACUUGGGAUGCAUUGUGUUCUGAUUUGGAUGCUUUGCUAUACAGGCUGCGGUAUUGGAAUAUCUCAGUGAGUCUGCCGAAGAGCGAGUUCGGGAAACUGUCCAUUCCGUAUCUGUCGCACGAAAUUAUCGCUGAAGGAAUCAGGGCAACACCGAAGAUCGCUAAAGGUAUCCAGGAUUUACUGUUCCCAACUACCCUGAAGGGA